UCAGAGGACUCACACAGCUCGUAUGUUUUGUUUCCUGAAGUUACUGUCAGUGGACCAGCUGUAACAAUGUCCACUGUAACGCAACCUGCGAAUGACCAGUAUGUAUUUCGUCGGCGUGAAUUGGAAGAACAGCCGCCAGAAAACCGGAGAAUAUGGCAAACCCCUGAACAUGUUUACGCUGCACGGCAGACCGCUCUACAUUACCAGCGACUACAGGCUGAAAACAGGCAGCCCCGACCUGCACCCCCCAGUGACCCCAGCAGCAGAUGGCCCCUUGUGGACGACCCCACCACCAGACAGCCUCAGCUGGACGACUGCGAGCGGAUGGGGACUCUGUUCGGGAUGCUCAACAAGGGUCUGCGGGGGAUGGGCUUCAGCCAGAUGUACUUUGGGGACAAGAUAGUGGAGCCGGUAGUGAUCCUGUUCUUCUGGCUGCUGCUCUGGUUCCUGGGGAUCCAGGCCCUGGGGCUGGUGGGGACUCUGUGCAUCAUCAUCAUCUACAUACAGAAGUGAUGGGGGCGGGGCCUGCUGUCCGGUGUAAUGCUUCCAUAUGUGGGACUCUUUUAAUGUGAAUGGAUUCAUAACCCUGCAGAGGACCUAUGCUUUGUAGGAGAGGGUGGGGGGUGAUAUAGCAGCUUUCUGCAAAUGGUUUGAAGCUUUUUCAGUGUUUCAGAGGGUUCGCUCUUCAGGAUUGUUUUCCCCUCAGUAGCAGGAGUGGUGUUGUCCCGCUGCCUCUGCUGUUAUUUUGUUUUAAUGGGACAGAGCUGCAGGAAGGAUUCCUAAACCAGGAUACGAGUCAGCGUUUUACCACUUCCUAUUCCCUUGUCUCAAACUCAAUGGGUUUUUUAACAUGUUUUUGGUUAGAUAGCUGAAAUAAGAUCCGUGGUUAACACAAAAUGUUCUUCUAAGACUUAAAAAUGUGUCAGUAAAUCCCCCACUGGUGCAUGUCAGAAGCUUGUAUGUGUCAUAAAAACGGCAGUUGAAACAUAGUGAGGAAUAAGACUACUAAAAUUCCUCUCGCUGAACAUUAGCCACUUUUAGCUUAGCGGUGGAGACACAAAGUCAUGUGAAUAGGACGUUAGCAUUAGCUUACGUUAGCUUUUAACUCCUGUCGCUUCAGAAAUCCUAAAGUGGUGUUACUAUGUGGAGAUCAUCUUGCUGAACAAAAGGUGUAACAUAUCACAUCAUAAUAAUGUGUUUACCACAGAUCUUAUUUUCUGCAAUAUUUUCGGGAAUGGAAAAACCCCAUUGAUUUUUGUCGAGGGAGCCCUUGAGAUGCUAACUUCCGGAUCUGCUUACAAAAAUACAUCAUCACAGCACCACUCUAUAGAUGAUCUGAAUAUAAGGAAGACUUGUAGGAAGUAGCUUGUUUGAAUGAGAGUCUCCAGAGGGAAGGACUGAGGGAACACACUGCACACAACUCUGUUUUACUUUAAAAAGACCUCGCUAACAUACAGAAUGUGAACGUGUUGGGUAAACAUGUAACCCAUCGGAAGGAAGGGUGUCUGAAUGUAAAUCUGACAUCUUGUGAAACCUAUGCUGUGAAAUGUUUACUUUAUGAAGGGGAAAUAUAUAUUGAUGGCUGACAUGUCAGGCGGUGUUUACAUCCUGUUCUGGAUACAUUUUCUGCAUCAGCUCUGGAGAGGUAGAACUAGAUUCUGCAUGGGGACCAGUUCUGGAUAACUGUCUCCCCCCCACCCCCACCCCCCUCUGACCUGAUGAAACAACAGUUCUUGUAAUGAGUGAUUUAAAUGCACUCAGGUAUGGCAGUGUAUUGAACCAUUGUACGCUUAACUAAAUAGGGAAGGAAAAAAAUACAUUCACAAGAAGAACGACCAAACAUUAUCCUAGAUUAGAGUCAAAAAAAGGGUCUUAUCUUCGAGGACAUUGAUUCAUAUUUCAAUGUUGGCUCAACCUCAGUACAGCACAGCUUGCCAUUUAUUUUUCUAAUUAUUCUUUACAGUUGGAUUCAGCAGAAAGGAAAUAACAUCACUAUAAGCCUCGCUCCUCCUCAAUAACAUGUAGGGCUGCAACAAAUAUUGUUUUUGAGAGGCUAAAUGCCUUCAAAUAUGGAUUAAAGAAGAAUAUUAUAGUUAGAAAUAAACAUUUUGUCCAUUUGGGAAAUGAUCUUCCUUUUUAAAAUACAUUUCUUGGUUCAUUUUUGGACUUGGAGCUUUCGCUGUGUUUGAGAAAAAACAGGUAUUAGGUUGUCAUGAAUUUUGGAUUGCUAACUUUCUUCCCUGGCUCUGGAAUUAUUAUUAUUUACCUACAAUGCUCAUGAUAUGUCAUUGUGCUUCAGUAAGUCUUUAAAAUAGGAAUUUAUUUCAAAGGGAUCUGACAGGAAUGUGGCGUAUGUAGUUGAUUUUCCAUAAAGCAUGGAAAGAGAAAUAGGGAUAAAUCUAAUAUAUUGUAUAAUAUGUUGCGACAAAACUACACCUUUACACUGGAUGCCAAAAUAAGCAUGCAAUUCCACUUUCUGAUACUUCAUAUAUCAUUUCACUGAUGCUUUUAUCCAAAGCUAACACACUUUAUACUGUAGACAAGCCUACAGGAGCCAUUUGGUGUUAAGGAUGUUGCCAAAGGACACGUCAACAUAUCGCCUGCAGGGGCAGGGAAACAUACCACGGACCCUCUGAUUGGUUAAUUACCUCUGUGAGCCGCAGUCGCCCACACACUGAACACCGGAGUGUUAAGUUGACGUGCACAGAAUGAAAUGAUGCAUAGAGCUGCUCAAUAUAGCAUAUCAGUAUAAUAUCAGCUGUUAUUGUUUGUGUGAAAUGCCUUCAAUUUACUGUAAUAUCGAUUUACUGACGGACGCGUAAACAGAUGUUUGUAACCAAGCCGGUGCCUAAACGACUGAAUAAAAGGCGGCUCUCGUUUUAUGAUGGUAUCGUGUUUACAGCGCGUACCGUCAGAGCUCGAGGCUGACAGCAUUCAGUCGGAUUAUAUUUUACAUCAGUGGGAAUUAUGACUUGUAUAACCUCCUAACAAAAACAGUAUGCAAACAGUAAUUAAACGAAUGUUGAAGUACA